UUUUUUGCUUGGCCUUGCCAAACAAGAACUGUCAAAAGAAAACCCACCUACUUUUCACACAAUUAUUUAGUCUAAAUUUUUCUACCUAUUUUUAAUCAACAGUCCAAUUUUAUAUUUCCACUUGCUACCCAUUUAUAUUCAAAUACUUUACAUAUUAGUAUCCCGUCAAUGGAGUUUCUUGCCGUCCACCGGUUUGCCAACACCGUCCAAACGGCCCACCUGUUUUCCAGGCAAGAAAAUGUUACGGCGCCCGACAUCACCACAGCUACUGCUGAAGACCUCCAUGGCGUGCUCGGGCAAUGGGCAGUAGUGUGCAACGGCAUAAACAUCAGCUCAAUGGUAUGCUCUAUCAUAGUAAUACUGAGUACCAUCAUAGUAGCGUUCAUAAACCGCAGUCUCCUCAACCGGCCCUCAUUGCGAAUUUCCACUUGUAUAGCCCUGUGCGACCUGUCAUUCUCCAUAUGCCAAGUCUUUGUAUUUAACAAUGACUACAUGAGCGGGCUAUCCGAAACGCACCUAAGGGCAAUUGUAUGGAUCAUGGCCGGGUCCAAUGUUUCCUUUGUGUUUCUCUCGAGCUGCAUGGGAAUUCAGCUGCUUUUGACAGUGCUCACAAACAAAAACCACUGGGCCGAGGCCAUUCGGCCAUACUAUGAGGUCACAAGCAUUUUCUGCGGGUUUUUGAUUACUCACCCGUACAUGUACGUGUUCAAGAAUAUCAAAUGGAUUCCUGUGGCCCAACUCUUCUAUUUCAGAGAAGAGGAGUCAGUGGGCAAGCGCAACAUUUGGUUAGUUCAGUGGAUGUGGAUUUUUGGCGGAGUUGCUUUCCUUUUUGUCAUUGCACUUUUGACGUAUAUUAAGAUGUCACGCGCUUGGAAGGCCACCGAGUCGUCUAUAAACAGGUACCGUACGCCGGAGAAGCUCGAUCUGCUGGACUUGGAUUCAGACUCGGACACCAUGCAGCAAAUUUCGGACGAAAGGAAGAGGUACAUUCGGUCGGUUACGCUUCGCGUGACUUGCUAUCCAAUCAUUCCGAUCAUUACACUGUCCUUUACGCUUUUAUGUAAUCUCUUGUCAGCUACGCCGUUCUGGCUCUACGUCAUGAGCAAUUUGAUGCCGUCGACACAAGGUAUGCUCAACUUUUUGGUCUACACAAUGAACCCGUCAUUGGACGUGUACAGGAAAAGGCUGGUAGAACGGACACGCGGCGCCAAGCGGAGAACCAGGGCAAGGUUUGGCAAGCUGGAGGAGGCCGAGUCAAUGUCUGACUUCCCAAUUACCUUUUCCGAGCCAAGCAGCGUCUACAGCGACAGAGAUAAUUUCAAGUAUACAUCCUAAUCCAACAAACAUCUUUUACUUACCUUAAUUGCACUUAACUUGUACCAAUAAUUAGCACUUGCAAAC